AUGAGCCCACCCACGAGUCCAGACCCUGGCCCGGAUGCCAUGUUGUCAAACGCCCAGACCCAGAGAGCACGAUGGGCGACCCGGAAGAUGACGGUCAAGAGCAGCCGCACCAAGCGGCUGUCCCUCCUGAACCGCGUGCACAGGAGAAUGCACUCCGAAAAAAGCGUUACCGGAGACGACGGAAACGGUGCGCCGUUCGAAGACCGUGACCCUCACCACAACGGCGGCGGAGACGAACAUCACAGUGACGACCCGCAAGACGAGACAGACGACGAGUCUGACGACGAGGACUCGACUCGCACUCUGUACUUCAACAUGCCCCUCCCUGAUGACAUGAUUGAAGAUGGCCGCCCUAUAUAUUCCUUUCCCCGGAACAAGAUCCGUACCGCAAAAUACACGCCGCUGUCCUUCAUUCCUAAAAAUCUGUGGUUUCAAUUUCAUAACGUGGCCAACAUUUUCUUCUUGUUCUUGGUCAUUCUUGUUAUUUUCCCCAUUUUUGGCGGCGUUAACCCGGGCUUGAACGCCGUUCCCCUGAUCGUCAUCAUCGUCCUCACCGCGGCCAAAGACGCUAUAGAGGACUACCGGAGGACCAUACUGGAUAUCGAGCUCAACAACGCCUCUGUCCACAAACUGCACAACUGGAACAACGUCAAUGUUCAAGAAGAUAAUGUGUCAACGUGGCGAAAGUUCAAAAAGGCCAACUCGCGCUUCUUUGGUUCUAUCUGGCAUGCCGUCGAAAGCUUAUGGUCCAAAAAGGCCAGGACGCGUCGAGCCGAGCGCAAGGAACGCAAGCGAAACCCCCAGAUGGAAGAGGAGGCCCGUCCCUCGAUAGAAACGGUCCGGACACGGAGGUCGAUUCGCGAAUCCAUUGCCUCGCCCUUCGGAAACCGGGAACCGUUUGUCGAUGCUCAGGAAGAGAUUCAGAUGACACCGGUACCAUCCCCGACGCCUGCAAAUGGUGUCCCUCACGUUCAAUUCCCUGACCUGGAAGAUGCAAGGCGUGCCGCUGCUAUCCAAGACAUGAAAUCUGACCUGAUCAACUACACGAAGCCAUCCAAGGGCGCGCGUUUCAACAAGGAUACCUGGAAAGGCCUCAAGGUUGGUGAUUUCGUGCGUAUUUACAACGACGACGAACUGCCCGCCGACGUCAUCAUCCUGUCUACAUCCGAUCCUGAUGGAGCCUGUUACGUCGAGACAAAGAACUUGGAUGGCGAGACUAACCUAAAAGUCCGACAAGCUCUUCGUUGUGGCCGAUCGAUUAGGCAUGCCCGUGACGCCGAGCGUGCCGAGUUCAGGAUUGAGAGUGAAGCGCCUCAUCCCAAUCUGUACAAAUAUAAUGGAGCUAUUCACUGGCAGCAGGCUGUGCCGGGAUAUCCGGAUGAUGACCCCGAGGAUAUGACUGAACCCAUCACCAUUGACAAUCUUCUGCUUCGAGGCUGCAACUUGCGCAAUACCGAAUGGGUCCUCGGUGUUGUUGUCUUUACGGGUCACGACACGCGAAUCAUGAUGAAUGCCGGUAUUACACCAAGCAAGCGAGCUAGAAUUGCCAGAGAGAUGAACUUCAACGUCAUCUGCAAUUUUGGAAUCCUUCUCAUCAUGUGUCUUCUUGCCGCCAUUGUGAAUGGUGUUGCUUGGGCCAAGACUGAUGCUUCUCUUCAUUUCUUUGAGUUUGAGUCCAUUGGUGGAAGUGCCCCUAUGAGCGGUUUCAUCACCUUUUGGGCUGCCAUCAUUCUGUUUCAGAACUUGGUGCCAAUCUCACUUUACAUCACGCUGGAAGUCGUGAGGACGCUUCAGGCGAUUUUCAUCUUCAGUGAUGUCGAAAUGUACUAUGAACCAAUUGACCAGCCUUGCAUCCCAAAGUCCUGGAACAUAUCCGACGACGUGGGCCAGAUUGAGUAUAUAUUUUCAGACAAGACUGGUACGCUUACGCAGAACGUCAUGGAGUUCAAGAAGGCGACAGUCAACGGGCAACCCUACGGCGAAGCAUACACCGAGGCACAGGCUGGUAUGCAGAAGCGGAUGGGCGUGGAUGUCGAAAAGGAGGGGGCUCGUAUUCAGGCCGAGAUUGCUGAAGCCAAGGUACGAGCCCUCCAGGGCCUUCGCAAAAUCAACGACAACCCAUAUCUACACGACGAUGCCCUGACGUUUAUUGCCCCUGAUUUCGUCUCCGACCUGGCUGGAGAGAAUGGCCAAGAGCAGCAAUCAGCCAUUGAGGAGUUCAUGCUAGCAUUGGCCCUUUGCCACACAGUCAUUGCAGAGAAGACUCCGGGUGAACCCCCCAAAAUGACGUUCAAGGCGCAAUCUCCCGACGAAGAAGCCUUGGUAGCCACGGCUCGUGAUAUGGGCUUCACCGUUUUGGGCCACUCAGGCGACGGCAUCAACCUCAACGUAAUGGGUGAAGAACGCCACUAUCCGAUACUCAAUACCAUCGAAUUCAAUUCCAGUCGAAAGCGCAUGAGUUCCAUUGUCAGAAUGCCUGACGGCCGAAUCGUCUUGAUUUGCAAGGGAGCCGACUCGGUCAUUUAUGCGCGGUUGAAGCGAGGUGAGCAGCAGCAACUUCGACGUGAGACCGCCGAGCACCUCGAGAUGUUUGCUCGUGAAGGUCUUCGUACGCUCUGCAUUGCCCGUAAAGACUUGACCGAGGCCGAAUACCGCAGUUGGAAGAAGGAGCAUGACGAAGCUGCAUCGGCUCUCGAAAAUCGCGAAGAGAAGCUGGAAAAUGUGGCGGACAUGAUUGAACAAGAGCUCUACCUCCUUGGCGGCACCGCUAUCGAGGAUCGUCUCCAGGAUGGCGUUCCCGAUACUAUCGCUCUGCUUGCCAAGGCUGGUAUUAAGCUAUGGGUCCUGACCGGCGACAAGGUCGAGACGGCCAUCAACAUUGGCUUCUCCUGCAAUUUACUCAGUAACGACAUGGAACUGAUUCACCUGAGAGUCGAAGAAGACGAGAGUGGGGAGACUUCAGACGAUGCGUUCCUUGAGAAUGUUGAAAAGCAACUGGAUCAAUACCUUCAGGUCUUUGGCAUAACAGGAAGUGAUCAAGAUCUUGCUUUGGCUAGGAAGAACCACGAACCCCCUGGCCCGACACACGGGGUCGUGAUUGAUGGCUUCACGCUUCGCUGGGCCCUCCACGACAAGCUGAAACAGAAGUUCUUGUUGUUAUGCAAGCAAUGCCGGUCAGUUUUGUGCUGCCGUGUCAGCCCAGCCCAAAAGGCUGCCGUUGUUGCCAUGGUCAAGAAUGGAUUGGAUGUUAUGACCCUGUCCAUUGGCGAUGGUGCAAAUGAUGUAGCCAUGAUACAGGAAGCCGAUGUUGGCGUUGGAAUUGCCGGAUUGGAAGGUCGACAGGCCGCCAUGUCUUCGGACUAUGCGAUUGCCCAGUUCCGAUUCCUUCAGAGACUGGUACUUGUUCACGGUCGAUGGUCCUAUCGAAGGCUAGCAGAAAGUAUCAGCAAUUUCUUCUACAAGAACAUGGUCUGGACGUUUGCCAUCUUCUGGUACGAGGCCUUCUGCGAUUACGACAUGACCUAUCUUUUCGACUAUACGUAUAUUCUCAUGUUCAACCUGUUCUUUACAUCCGUACCUGUUGCUAUCAUGGGUGUCCUCGACCAGGAUGUGUCGGACAAGGUCUCUCUUGCUGUGCCUGAACUUUAUCGCCGCGGUAUUGAGCGUCUGGAGUGGACACAGAAGAAGUUCUGGCUCUACAUGGUCGACGGCAUCUACCAGUCGGUUAUGGUUUUCUUCAUUCCUUACCUGCUCUUUAUCCCUGCCAAAUCAGUGACCUUGGAUGGUCUCGGCCUUGAGGACAGGCUUCGAUUCGGUGCAUACGUUGCCCAUCCGGCCAUCUUGGCCAUCAACGGGUACAUCUUGAUCAACACGUAUCGCUGGGACUGGCUCAUGCUUCUUAUUGUAGUUAUCAGUGAUGUUUUCAUCUUUUUCUGGACAGGCAUCUACACCUCAUUCACCUCAUCCGGCUUUUUCUACAACACAGCCGCUCAGGUUUACGGAGAGGCGACUUUCUGGGCGGUCUUCUUUCUCGUUCCCGUUAUUUGCCUCUUUCCUCGAUUCGCUAUCAAGGCGCUCCAAAAGGUCUAUUGGCCAUACGACGUCGAUAUCAUCAGGGAACAAGAGCUUAUGGGACGGUUUGCUCAUCUUGACAAGGGCGCUGCAGGAGAAGCCGACAGUGCAGAGAGCUCUAGUGGGAAGUCAGGGUCCGAGAGUCCAAGGAAAGCAAAGCACAUGACAUAUGGCAGCGUGGACGAAGACCUGCGACCAAUAUAUCCGCCGUCGACGGCUACGCGGGCCACAACCCACAAUAGAACUCAAAACGGCAGCGAUUCGACAAACUAUACUGCGAACCGCAUGUCGCUCGACGUCCCCGCCCAGGGUCGUCAUUCGACAGAACGCGCGAGACCGUCGUACGACCGAAUGCGCAUGUCGAUGGAUCGCGUCCGACCCAGCUUCGAGGCGAGUAAUGACUUUACUUCGGCAGCUCGACUGUCACGGAUCGAAUCAAGCCAAUCUCACGCUCAGCCGCCUCAGGGCGGUCGGUUCAAGGCAAGACUCCGUGGACUGUCCUUGACCAAGAGUGCAAACGUUUAG